AUGGAGGACACUCACUUAAUUUGCUCUCGUGUGCUCGCCCCGAUGCACCGUUCCUUCCAGUUUAAACAGCGUCACGGGCAGGCGAGCCUCGAGCGAGGGAGCGCGCUUUGUAAAGAUGCUGUUCAAUUAGCAGAGCAUGCACUGGCCGACCAUGACAUGAGGGAGCACCAGCUGCAGCAGCCCGGCACGAUCUUCCUCCUCAGGAACCCGCUCGUGGUCGCCUCAAGGACGAUGCGCCGCGGCAUCCGCGGCUUCUGCCAUGGCGUCGGCUCCACGUCCACACAGCAGCACCUCCACGCUAGCAUCGACCACCAGCAGCUGGCCAGCGGGGAUGUCGACGCCGACGCAGCGUCGUCCUCCUUCAUCACCGUGCCGUCGUCCGUCGUGGGCUCCUGCGCGGCCGAGAGCGAGGCGGCCGCCGGCGGAGGCCCGCAUGCGGCAGCCGCGGUCACCCUGGAGCAGAUGAUCCUGCAGCUGGACCUGGAGGAGGAGGCCGCGGCAGCCAAGAAAGCGCGGCGUGUGGCAGCUGCUGUGGUGGAGGAAGAGCACUACCACCCUCGCCGCAUGUCGUGCGUGAACAGCUCCGACCACGUGCUCCGCUCGGCGCGGGACGCGCUCAGCCAAUACCCGCGCUUCUCCCUCGACGGCCGGGACGCCAUGUGCCGCGCGUCGUUCAGCAGCUAUCACGAGGGCAUGGGCGUCGCUGGCCCCGUCCUCCGAGAUAGCAGAAACAUCCCCGCAGAUAGCGACGGCGGUCGGCAUGGGAGGGCGUCAGUCUGGUGCGCCCCCACCGGUGUGGGGAGCUGCAGAGCGCAGGAGUGCGGUAUCGAGGGCUACGAGAUGGACCUGGAACGGACACUGCGGAUGCCGUCCACGGUGGCUGGGGAAAGCGUGGUGUGGUGCAAGCCCAGUGUCGUGGCCAAGCUCAUGGGCCUCGAUUCCAUGCCCGUGCCCGUCGCAGGGCAGCGCGGUGGCAUUGCCGGCAGUAGAAGGAAGGCCAAUUGGGCACCGCCGGGAUCGACGCUCGGCGGGGGUGUGAGGAUGCAGAGACCAAGGAGGAUGGGCAUAGAGGAGCUGGAGAAGGAGAGGCUCUUCAUGGCACUGCACGGCUACCUCGGGUCGGGCGCCAGCGCCCUACGGGCAACCGCGAGCCCCAAUGUCAGUGGGUUUGGAUAAGACGGGACAGUUGGGAAUUCCGGGUUCCUAGCUAAGCAAUUUGUUUUUUUUAGGAUCAGCUAAGCAUAGUUCAGUUCAGUCUUUCCAAUUAAAUUUAGAAGACCAGCUAGACCAGCUAUAGCUUUUUAUUUUGUCAAACGGUGAAUUUACUUAAUAACACGAAUAAA